UGUUCAGCGGUCUGUGUGUGAUGGCGGGGACUCCGUGUUCAGUGUGUGGACUGGAGGCCCAGAUCAAGUGUCCAGGAUGUGCCAGGAUACUCUACUGCUGCGAGGACCACAAGAAGGAGGAUGCAGGACAACACAAGACCAACUGCAAGCCGUACAGGAUAGAAAGGAACGAGAAAUAUGGAAGAUAUCUAGUGGCCAACAGGGACAUCAAGCAGGGGGAGAUGCUGAUGAGGGAGAGGCCCGUGGUGGUGGGUCCGAGGGUGGAUUCGCUCCCCGCCUGCCUGGAGUGCUUCACUCUGCUCUACCCUCCAGUGUCGAGGUGUCCAGAGUGUCAGGUCACCCCGCUGUGUCCCCGGUGUACCCACAACUCUCUGGACUGUGGCUGGUAUCGCGGACUCUCCCAAGAACUCCGAGAUCUCUGUCUCCGGACAAACAACCAACACGUACUGCCGCUUAAGAUUCUGUUACAUCUGAGGUCUCCAGACCCCGGCAGGUUCAAGGAAGUACUGGAGAUGGAAUCUCACCUGGAGAAAAGGAGAGGGACUGGAGUGUGGGUCAGUCAUCAUAAAAACGUGGUAGAUUUCCUGAAGACUCUGGGAGUGAUCACGAACUCCUCGCAAGACUCUGACCUCGUGCAGCAGAUUUGUGGGAUUCUCGAUGUCAACAGUUUCGAGGUGCGGGGCACUGCGGCGCUAGCCGGGAUGGGGAUGCGACUCCGUGGUGUUUAUGUGGAAGCAGCGCUGAUGGCACACGACUGCAUCACAGAUAGAGCAAUGUUUGCAGGUGCGGGGCACUGCGGCGCUGGCCGGGAUGGGGAUGCGACUCCGUGGUGUUUAUGUGGAAGCAGCGCUGAUGGCACACGACUGCAUCACAGAGUGCGGGGCACUGCGGCGCUGGCCGGGAUGGGGAUGCGACUCCGUGGUCUUUAUGUAGAAGCAGCGCUGAUGGCACACGACUGCAUCACGGAUAGAGCAAUGUUUGCUGGUGCGGCGUACCGCGGCGCUGGCCGGGAUGGGGAUGCGACUCCAUGGGGUUUAUGUAGAAGCAGCGCUGAUGGCACACGACUGCAUCACGGAUUGAGCAAUGUGCGGGGCACUGCGGCGCUAGCCGGGAUGGGGAUGCGACUCCGUGGGGUUUAUGUGGAAGCAGCGCUGAUGGCACACGACUGCAUCACUAACGUCCACCUCUCUGUUGACGACCACUUCGUCAUGGCCAUCCGCGCCAGUGUGGACAUACCAGAAGGGCAGCCGAUAUUGUACAACUACACAGACCCCUUGCAGGCGACCAUAGACAGGCAGAAGCACCUGAGGGAGGGGAAGUACUUCUCCUGCAGCUGUCGCCGCUGCAUGGACCCCACGGAGCUGGGCACGAUGCUGGGCGGUCUGCGGUGUCCCCGGUGUCGAGUCGGACAUGUCCUGGCCUGUCUGGAGUCAGGAGAGUGGACCUGCAACUCAUGUCAGCGUAACUUCUCUCCAGGACUCAUGGCUAUCACCUCUGUCGUGGCGAGGGACCUCCUGGACGACGUUGACAGAACCAACCCUGAUCAGCUGGAAAAUACCCUCAAGUCUCUCAGUUUCACGUUCGCGCCGACUCACAGUAUCCUGAUAGACGUGAAGCAGAGUAUCGUGGCGGCCUACCGGGACUUGGAGCCUACCCGUGGGAACCUGCAGCGGAAGGUGGAGUUGUGUAGGGAGUUGCUCCCUGUGCUGAGGCUGAUAGAACCGGGCAUCUCCCGUCUUCGAGGAAUCACUCUCUACGAGCUGCACGUGGCGUUGGUGACCUUGGCGCAGGAGCACGGGGAGUCGCAACUGCUCCAGGAAGCCGAAGAGAUCCUGAAGGAGGCCGUCAGCCUGCUCCUGUAUGAGCCCACCCUGAGUCCUGAAGGAGAGCUGGCGCGCCAGGCCAUGGCUGAACUCAAGAGCCUUAAAGCCCUCGUGGCCAAACAACAGCUGAAGGAGGAGAAGAAAAAGAAGAAGACAAAGAAUAAAAAAUAACAACUCGUUUAAAAGCUUCUGUAGUUAGAUAUUCUCGCUUUUCGUUGAGGCGUAGACGCUUGUCAUGAGAAUCCUUCUCACCAACUAAACAGAAGAAGGAGUAGGUCCGUUAUUCCGGAAACUACUUUGCAUUCGUCCACGGUUUGGAAAGGAAUCAGUAAGGAAUGCAUUUUGGUAAUGGAAACUUAUUACUUUGGUAGGCUACAGACAGGCUCUUCAAAUUGUAUAAUAUGAUGUGUGCAUUUUAUAAGUUUUCGAAAAUGGUUUUUUUUCGAAAUGGAAGCUUUAAUUUUGAAAUCCUAGAGCUGCUGAAAGUAUUCCAUAACUUAUUUAAGAGAGACAUGGGAAGAAAAUGUAAAAUGAAGUUACUUAAUAAUCUCGUGAUUGUAAUCCGUUUUAAUCCAGAGAUAUAAAAAUGCAAAAUAAAACUAUUGCCAAAGUUAGAGAUAAUCUUUAGUGGUUGAGGGGUUCAGAGUUCGGUUUAAUUCUGGGUAUUGAUUGGGAUUAUAUUUUGAUUCAGCAUGUCGUACGCUAACUCCAAGGGUUUACAUUACAAGAGUAUCCUCCUCGUUCCAGGUUUACAUUGAGGUAAGUGACAGUGUCUCGUGGAGGUGACAUUUGGGCUGAGUCAGUUAAAGAAUUCUUAGAGCAUAAACAUCAAACAAACAAACAAAAUCUUCCUGGUGCCCUUGGAAACCAGCUGUUAGAUAGCUAAACAUCACACUCACACCUAAUGAGCGGACAUAUAUUAUUCCAAACAGUGAAUGUGUUAGGUACAGCUAAAUCAGUAACACAGGAAAAGAAUAAUGACAGAAGUUACAACUUCCUUGUAAAUCAGUCAAUCAGUGGUUAGUGUGUUGUAAAUGUGGCAUAGUCAGAUGAUAGGGUCUCAAACACAUUUCCCUAUCGAAAGCCUUCUCUCCGUACGUUUCCUGUUUUAAAAAGAUUUAUGACAUACGAGCCAUCAGAGCUUAUGGCGUUGUCACUUACGAACAUAACAAAUUACAAACACAGUGAGUUGAUAGGAGAGCAUCAGGAAGGCAGAAUAAAAAAGGAAAUGUUCAAGAAGUAGCUGUAAUAACAAAUGAUGUGACCAAUAAAGCUUUGUUAUGAA